AUGGCUGCUGCAAACGGGACUGAGCAUGGUGGCACAACCAAGCUUGGUGUUCCUGAAAGAUAUCAAAGUAUACAAGUUACUAGACAUUCAAGUCAGCGUGGGGUUGAGAAUCCACCUGGGAAGCACGAGAAGGAUGAGCGGAAGAGAGGAAAGCUCUCGUGUGGUCUCUUCUCCGAGCCCCAGACUGAUUCUGCUCCAGCAAUCACGUAUCCCCCUGGCGACUACCAGAACCGGCAUCCGCUUGAACCAUACCCACUAGGGGCAACCUCCCCAGGCAUCGGAGUCUCCUCUGCAGCUGUUUCAGGCAUGAGUCCUAACAGCUCCACCCUGCCCCCCCUGGUCCAGUCAGAAGAAGCAGACCUGGCCGAACCCCCCUCGAGGCGCCACCGCAGCCGCAACCCCCUCAAGAGGCUCUUCUCAAAGUCGCUCAGCAAGCUCAAGCACCGCUCCGCAUCUCAGCCCCCCUCCCCAGACCGCAUGUCGUCAUCCUCCGAGGCUAGCGGUUCACACAAGCUGUUCAGAAAGAGUCGUUCUGCUUCACAGCCCCCCUCUCCUGAGCGCGGCUCAUUCCCUCCCCCCCACCGUGGAUGGUUCUCUUCAAAGUCGUCCAAGAAGGGAACGAGCCUGCCGACCACACCAACAGGGAAGGGGUAUGGAGAACCAGACUCGCAUGCUCGGAGGCCAAGCGGAUACUACUACCAGGUAGACGUUGUGCCAAGUCUCUCCCCAGUCCCCUCGUGGCUCCCCCCCCAAACUGCGCAAUCCGGAUCCCCAGGGCCUUCUACUGGGCAAGCAGAAGACCUCCCCACGACUCCGAGGGGGGCAAAUCACGGGGCAAGAGGACCCCCCUGGAGCGCGCCAACAACACCCCAGUCGCAUGAAGUCGUCCAGUGGAGCGGACCGAGCACUCCGACAGUCACGGAAACGCCCCCCUCAAGCGGCCCUAGCAGCCCAUUGCCAACCGGGGUACAUCAGUGGAACUCCCCGGGCAGUCCGGCGGGUGCAGAAAGCCUAAGCCAGAGUGCGGAAAGCUUAACCCAAAGUGCGAAAAGCUUACCCCAGACUGCAGAAACCCUCCCCCAGAGUGCCCUGGAAAGUCCAACGAGGGAAAGUGGGCAGAGCAUUCCUCCUGCACCCGAUAACAGCCCUUUGCAGCAGUCUAGUUGGCAGACGUACGGCGACACACCGGCUGUGACGUCAUCCCCGAUCAGCGAGGUCCGAGUUCAGGGGGGCAGAUCUCCCCGCCUCGAGGACCCCCUUGUGUUCGAGGUGCCUGUGCUAGGGCUGCCCCACGAGAGGAGCGGAGAGCUGUCGGCGAAGGCUUCCGCUUUCAGUUUGGAGCAAGAAUCCGGGAAAGAGGAAGCCCUGUCGCCGAUCUCGGUUAUGGACCGCAGCGGUCACGAAAGCCCCAGCAUGCAAGAUGGGGGUACGGUUCUCCAUCCUUUGGAAGACAUUUCUGAGGAGCCACUCUAUGAGUCCCCCUCCGAGUACGAGGAUGCAAACGACGGUCUACGCACAGAGGGGUCCGGGAACACAGACGAGGCAGCUGGCGAAGCGGGAGUUGAAGACUCGCAGGCGGCGGGUGGUGAGGAGGGUGUUCACACCGGCAGCAACGUAGUCGUCACCCCUGUGGUGGAGCAGAAUGUGAAUACGUCCUUGGGAGUGGACGUCGAGACAGGGGUGGAGCCGGAACGAGACGAGGCGGAGGAAAACCUGGCGAGGAAGGUGGGCUUUGUUGAAGCAAUUGAGGCGCAAAACGAGAAGGGUUCUAGGCUCUUGGAAAUUGAGGAGCCCAACGUGACCAGCGAAUGGAAGAAGGCAACGGUUGCAGAGCUUGAGCAGCAGAAUGAUGGGGGGCUAAAGGCUGAGAAGCAGGGUCGGAGCGGAUUGAGGGAGGAGGAAAGAGCUGAGUCCUCGAAGAUGCAGAACAAGACGGCUGUCAAAGCGUUGGAGUUUGACGAGCACGACGAAGGCGCAGUGAGGGGGGAUGGAAGUGCUGAACUGUUUGAGCUGCAGAAUAAAGCGGAGACUCUGACAGCGGAGCGGGGCGAAAGCGGAGUGAGGGAGGAGAGAGUUUUAGAUUUGGCCGAGCGGCAAAACAAGACGGAUCGCGAGACGGCGGAGUUUGCGGAGCAUAGCAGAAGUGAAGUGAGGAAGGAGGGCAAUGCUGAGAUGCUCAAGCUGCAGGAUGAGACGAAACCCAAAAGCGGUCCCAAGGAGCCCGGCGAGAGCGGGGUGGAGAAGGUGGGGGGUUUCGGAGCCCCUGAGCCGCAGGAUGAGACGAGAUUGGAAACAAUUGAGUCUGAGGAUCGCCACGGAAGCAGGGUGAGGCAGGCGGGAGUGGCUGAAACCCCUGAGCCAAACAACGAGACAGAGGACUUUGGGGAGCGCACCGGAAGCGGGGACUGGAAGGAGGGACUGGGCGCCGUCUCUGAGCUGAUGAGCAAGAUCGUGAGGAGCGGACGCGAAGGAGUUGGAGGUGCUGCACGGGUUUCGGUUCCUGCGAGCGGCGAGGAACAAGGGGUGGAGGAGAGCGGAACUGGCGGAGCUGACGGUCCUGCAGCUGAGGUAGAGAGGGAAGCGGUUUUGGUGCCCGGGAAGACGGCGCUGCCUGAGCAGGAUCCAGCGGAGGGCGUCCGCGAAGAUAUCCACUUUGAGCGCACCGAUGACGAGAGCGGCGACACGCACGUCACCCAAGGCGCCAACGAAGACGAGCGGCAAAACCCCGGACGGAUCAGCGCCGGAAUCCGGGAACUGGUCACCUUCUUCGAAGCGGAAGCGUCCAAACUGCUGGGAACACACUCUGCUAGGCAGAACAACAGCCCGGAGAAGAGCAAACGCCCGGGGACAGAAACUGACGACGAGCUGGGGCCGGUUGGGGCGGAGCCGGAAUCCGCCAUACCUGUGGAGACCCGAACGGAAUGGAACGGAAGCCCAGUUGACGAAUUCGCGUCACAGCAGCCCGCUUUUGUGGAGCGGGAGAGUGCGCUCUCAGCGGAUGCGCCACCGUUCGAACAGGGUCUGGUUGGUGCAGGGCCGGAAUCCGCUGUGCCUCCGGAGGACGGAACUGAACGGAACGGAAGCCCAAUUGACGAAGUCGCGUCACAGCAGCCCACUUUUGUGGAGCGGGAGAUUGGGCUCUCAGCGGGUGUGCCACCGUUGGAGACGGGGCCGGUUGGUGCGGAGCCGGAAUCCGCCGUGCCUCUGGAGAGCGGAACGGACCACAACGGAAGCCCAGCUGAAGAGGUCACGUCACAGCAGCCCGCUUCUCUGGAGCGAGAGAGUGGGCUCUUACCGGAUGCGCCGUCGUUCGAGAUGGGGCCGAUUGCUGCAACGCCGGAAUCCGCCCUGCCUCCGCAGACCGGAACGGACCAGAACGGAAGCUCAGUGGAUGAUGUCACGUCACAGCAGCCCGCCUCUGUGGAGCGGGAGAGCGGGCUCUCAGCGGAUGCGCCGCCGUUUGAGAUAAGGCCGGUUGGUGCAGGGCCGGAAUCCGCCGUGCCUCUCGAGACCGGAACGCACCAGAACGGAAGCCUGGUUGAAAAGGUCGCGAUGAAGCAGGCCGCUUCUGUGGAGCGGGAGAGUGGGCUCACAGCGGAUGCGCCGCCGUUUGCGAUGAAGCCGGUUGGAGCAGAAUCGGAAUCCGCCGUCCAUCUGGAGACCGCAAUGGAUCGGAACGGAAGCCCAACUGAUGAUGUCACGUCACAGCAGCCCGCUUCUCUGGAGCGGGGCAUUGGGCUCUCAGUGGAUGCGCCGGCGUUCAAGACAGAGCCGGUUGGAGCAGGGCCGGAAGCCGGUUUUCCUCUGGGGACCGAAACGGACCAAAACGGAAGCCCAGUUGACGAAGUCGGGCCACAGCAGGUUGCUUCGCUCGAGCGCGGAAGUGCGCUGUCGGCGGAUGCGCCGCCUUUCGAGGAGGAUGUCGUUGGUACACGGCCAGAUUCCGCUGUGCUUCCAGAAACCGCAAUGGAAGAGAACGGAAGCUCAGUCGCGUCUCUGGGGCGCGAAAAUGGGCCGUUAGCGGUUGCGCCGCUGUUCGAGAAGGGUCCGGAAGGUGCCACCGCGUUAGCUGCCGGUGGGCUGGAGGCUCCUCAGCCAGCGGAAGCAACGGAACGAGCGGAACGAGCGGAGCCGUUGAGAUCCGUUGACCUGAACUUCGGUUGUUUGCUGGGAGCAUAUCGGGCCCAGCAGACGAAGCAAAAGCCAGACGUGUCCCCCGUCGCGAAACAGGACGCUUCCCCUGGGAGCGGCGAGAGUGAGCUGAAGAUGCUUCCGGCGGAUUCCGUUGCCAGGUCGGGUGGCAAAACCUGGCCGGAAUGGAUGUCGCCGGCGGUUACGAGCGGAAUCGGGGAACGGAACGGAACCGUGGCGGACGGAGAAGGGGGUGUUGGAGCGGAAUGGACGGGAGAGGGCGGGGAGCUUGGAGCGAGCGGAAUGGUGCGGGACAGUGCAGUGAGGAAGAGCGGAACGAGGGAAGGAAGGAAUGAGGGCGGAAUGGUAGGAGGAGAGAAGCACGACGGGGUUGGAAUGCAGACCGGAACCGUUGAAGGAGAGAAGCGGAACGGCGCUGAAGGAGAGGAGGAGAGCGGAACGGUCGGAGGAGAGGAGACGAGCGGAGCGCUUGAAGCAGAAAUGCAGAACGGAAUGGUUGGAGGGGAGAAGUACAGUGAAAGGAUUGGUGGAGAGACGGAGGGCAAAAGGGGCGAAGAAAUAGGACGUUUCGAAUUGGAUGUAAUCGCUGAGGAGGAUAAGACGUCUGGAAAGGCUGGAGCCGAGGAGGAUCGUGGAAUGGACAGCGGGAAAGAAGUUGCGGUUAGGGAAAGUGCUGGUGAGGAAGACGAAGGUGGGUUUGAGACGAGCCUAGCCAAGAAGGUCGGGAGUAAGGACCGGAAUGUGAUCAAGGAGGAAACCGGAGUCGACGGGAAUGGGAACGAGAACGAGACGUUUUUUGCAGAACGGAAUAGAAUGGCGAAAGAGACCGGGUUUGUAGAGAAGAUCAGCACCGCGGAAGAGAGGAAACCUGUGAGAGAGAGCGGGGAAGCGACAGGAAACGGAACUGCGGAGCAAAGCGGAACAGCGGAGCAAAGCGACGACCCACACCAAAAAGCAAACGAGAGCGGGACUGCGAAAGCGGAGGGGCCUGCAACCGAAGGCGGAAAUGCGCAAGAGGUCGAGAUCUGGAAAGAGGGCAAACCCGCGGAAGGCAGCGACAUCGCUGACAACAUGGGCAUUGCAGUUGAGAAACACGCGGAAGAGAGCGCGAUUGCGGAAGACAACGGAACUGCUGUAAAGAGCGGAAUUGUAGGCGAGGAGACAAUUUGGGAAGCGGCGGGGAUUGAGGAUGUGAAAAGGACGUCAGCAGAACAAGAUGGAAGUCAGCAAAAGGAGGAGACUGGGGCAGAGGACAGAAUCGAUGAAGACGGGACCGAAGACGGGAUUGAGGUGGAAAGUGAAAACACGGGAACGGAAGAACAAACUGGAGCGGAAAACAAGACUCCUGAAGACACCGGAAAGGAAGUCGGCAACGUGACGUCAAACGAAAAGGUCGCUGGGGGAGAGAGCGGAGCGUCUGUCGGAAGCGGAAACGGAACGCCAAGCGGAAGCGUGGGCGGAAACGAAUCUGCAAGAGACGCCAUGCUAGAUCCCUCACGCGAAGCACCGGUGGAGGCUGGCCUGGGAGCGCCAAGGAGCAGCCACGUGGAGGGCCGCAAAGGGCGCCACGUGGACUCGCAGGAAGGCCAGAUCGGAGGGAUCGAGGAGGACGUCGAGAGCACCGGCGCAACCGGCGGGGCAACGAAGGAUGACGUCAUCGAUGACGCGGUUUCCCGGAGGAGACGGGCGGUGCACUGGCGGGCUGACGUCAGCACGGGCCCUCAGGAGUUGGGCGAGCGGGCACCUGACAGCGAUCCGGGCCCGGCUCGGGGACGCGCCGCCAUCCAAGCGCGGCCCGCACAGCCCCCCCCCCACCCGGUGAUCCAGCUGUUGCUAGUGGGCGGUAUUCUGGGGAAAGCGGCCGUCAAGACAGGCGUCGGGCUGACGUAUAUAACGCUGCAGCAGUGCGGGGUGUUAGCGAAAGUUACUUCCAACAUGGUUCUGGACGACGCGAAAGGGAUGGUCGGUAUGUUGGCCAAGCAGGCUGGCCGGGUGAUCGGCCUCGAGAAGCGCGCGCGAUUGUUCGGAUGAAACGAAAUCAAGCCACGUGUCCGAGGAUGAGGUUUGGGGGGUGCGGGAGAGAUUUUUGCAAGGAAGUUACUGAUGGC